CGCAACAAUAUCAUCAUGAAAUUCCUGAUCAUUCUGGCUUUGGCUAUCGCUUCGGCUUCGGCUUUCCCCGAGCCCGAGCUGGUGUCCCGCAACCGCGUGAUGCCCGUCCAGGAUAGCAUCGAGGGUCGCAUUACCGGAGGAUCCGCUGCCACCACCGGCCAGUUCCCCUACCAGGUGGGACUAUCCCUUAAGCUGAGCGCUCUCUCCAGCGCCUGGUGCGGUGGCUCUCUGAUCGGCAACCAGUGGGUGCUCACUGCUGCUCACUGUACCGACGGUGUCCAGUCCGUGACUGUCUACCUGGGUGCCACCGUCCGUACCUCCGCUGAGGUCACCCACACCGUCGCCAGCUCCCAGAUCAUCAUCCACUCUGGCUGGAACAGCGCCAACCUGCGCAACGACAUCUCUCUGAUCAAGAUCCCCGUCACCUCGUACAGCACCAAGAUCCAGGCCGCCAAGAUCCCAGCCAUCGCCAGCUCCUACUCCACUUACGCCGGUGAUUCCGUGAUCGCCUCCGGCUGGGGCAAGAUUUCCGACUCCGCUACCGGUGUGACCAACAACCUGCAGUGGGCCAAGCUGACUGUCAUCACCAAUUCCGUGUGCGCCAACACCUACGGAACCUCCAUUGUUACCGCCUCCAACAUCUGUGUGUCCACCCCCAACGGUGUGUCCACCUGCAACGGCGACUCCGGCGGCCCACUGGUGCUCGAGUCCUCCAAGGUCCAGGUUGGUCUUACCUCCUUCGGCGCUGCUGCCGGCUGCCAGAAGGGCUACCCCGCUGCCUUCACUCGCCUGACCAGCUACUUGGACUGGAUCAAGACCAACACUGGCAUCUCCUACUAAAUUUGGAGGAGAAGUCGAAUGACUUCAAUUUCGCAUAAAUAUAAAAAGAAAAACAAAA